AUGCUAGAGCCUCGGCAGUCAACAGGCGGCGAGAGCUGCCCAAGCACGAUCUCCAGCGGUGGCAUUGCAGGUAUCGUGAUCGGCUCGAUCGCAGGGACCCUCCUCAUCCUCUGGCUGUGGCGAAUAUUCCGACUUCCCGGUGCGUGGAGCGGUGGCGAUAAACCUGAUGUCGGCUAUCGGGCUCCGAUAACUCGCAGCAGUACUAGUAGCCGCGGACGGAAAAAGCGUCGUCGUCCGUCUGCGUACGGUGACUAUGUCGAGAAGCCGACUACUGUACGCAGUGUACGGCGGUACAGUAACCGCGAUGAUUUGCGCCGGCCGGCCAGGGUUUACAUGACGGAAGCGUGA